AUGUUUGCAAGAUUGACCUUUUAUCCAACGCUAUUCUAUAAUGUAUUAAUGGAAAAAAUUUCGUCAAGAAACUGGUACGAUAGAAUUGAUGAAACUGUUAUAUUGGGUGCCCUACCAUUUCGAAAUAUGACCAAACAGGAAUGGCAAAGAAAUAAUGUGGAAUUUUUACAAUUAUCAGUAAUAGAUAUUUUUCAAACACCUUCACAAGAAAAGUUAAAAUUAGGUGUAAACUUUAUGAACAAAUUUCGUAAUAUAUCAACUGCAUUAAAUAGUUCUGUUAUUGACUCUAAAAUUUCUCAGUAUGGAAGUGUUUAUGUACAUUGUAAAGCAGGAAGAACACGUAGUGCAACAUUAGUUGGAUGCUAUUUAAUGAUGAAAAACAGAUGGACUCCCGAGGAAGCAGUGGCAUACAUGAAGCAAAAAAGACCUCACAUAUUACUGCAUACACAGCAAUGGCAUGCACUAAGACUGUUUUAUCAGAAUAAUGUAGAAAAUCAUAAAUCAUUUAAAUAA